AUGCCGCCCGGGAACUAUAGAGUCAUUGAUUUGACGGGAGACUCUGAAGAUGAUGAAAGUCCUCCACAGGCGAAUGGGCGUAAUACCCCCGUUAUUCAGGUUUCCGAUGAUGGUGACCUACCCGCACGUGGCCCGCGGAAACAAACUGGACCUUCUGCGUCGAAAUCUUUACCAUCCCAUACCAGGAGACGUCUCUCCCCACGAUCCUUCGAGAAUGCUAUAAGGAACACACGUAGGCCUUAUCAGUCUCCAAUACCCGUGGCUGGGAAAACUGCCUCAGCGCCUCGUCCAUCAGGUGUGGAUAUUAACACUCCGAACCCAACAAGUGCUCGGGACCCUCCAGAAAAAAUCAAAGGUCCCAUGGCAUCUCCUAGAUCAGCGCCUCGAGAUUCUCAGUCUAUUGGGGCUACCCAUAGCAGCUCCGGUCGACGAAUACAAGCUUCACCACGAUUGAUGUCAAAGAAGGGUGGACCAAUACUCACGAGGCGCCGGCAAUCCUCCAAGGGCACUGACGAGCGAUCGAACGUAAAUUCAGAAGCCGAGGAGAUUGAGGGACUCAUAGAAGAGGAGGACAGUCGACUCCUUGAGAAUACACCUUCAAAGCCCUUAUCACAGAGCUGCGAAAGCCCUAGGACAAGGCCAGGCAUCUCUACAAGAUCCACCAACAAGGGAUCUCAAAACCCGGUACCGUCAGCGAAGGAGCUAGAAGAAUCUCUUCGCCGGUGUCAUCGAGACAUGAGGGAUACACAUGCUACGACCGUGAGGUAUCUCUUGCAUGACGCUAAGGAAGCUAAUCGUACUACGGAUCAAUUCUGCGAUAGCAAAUCGCCAUUUGAGUCGCUAAAGACAAUCCAGGUCAAACCCGGGAGCGCCCUUCCAAAUGGAGCAGUUUCACAGAGUCUUGAAUCCUUUGUCCUAAAAGAUCGGAGCAGUAGCAACAAUAGCAAGCUCUCAAAAGCCCCGCGGAGCGUCCUUGUUGGAAAGCCGUUCAAAAGCGAUGUCCCGCGCGUUCCGAAAUAUACAUCGCUUACAAUAGUUAGGCGAAACGUUUACUCUGCGGAUGAUGAGGAACUCAGAUUUAGCCCGUAUUGGGAGUAUAUUGAUAGUACGCCUGAAAAGCUGCAAAGCGAGCUAGAGUCUGUAUACUCGCAAAAGGCUCGUGAUGAGAGUAGGUCUAGGGAGCACAAGUCGCAGCUCUAUUCUCACUUGGACUUCUGGCUUGAGAAUUUGAACAUUGGUAUCUCGAGACGGAUUCUCCAGCAAUAUCUACUCCAGCAGGAUAGCGAGUUGAUGGCAAGGUACAGAAAGAGGCUUCCUAGAUCGUUUGAGCGCCCGUUGGGCAAAGACAUACAAGAAAAGGCAGCGGGAUUCUCGAAGGCGUUUAAGCCCGUGUUUGGACUUGAAAUUCGGGACGUUUUGCUAUCUAAAGAUCGCCUAGAAGAUAUGACUGAACUUGUCAGAGGCUCAACUCGAAGAAGCCUUGAGCAACCGCCUACCAAAACACCUAUUGAUGUCUUGGAAACUUAUGCUAGCCUUACCUGCCUGAUUUGUUCGGCGGUUGAUUGCCAAACUCACGGGGAUUACACCUGGGAGCGAAUUCACGACGGCGACGAAGAUUUAGAAAAUUCAGACGCCGAAGAAGGCUCUCCGAAAGAAAAGCAGGUUCUACAGCGGUACACGAUACAACCGGAGGAUCUACUGCGAAAGUACGAGGAGAGAAUGUCCAAAAACAAAGAUGAAACACAAUCUGAUGGGAGACGUCCGAAGGCCUGCUCUCCAAACUGCUAUUCAGUGCAAAGAUCUCUGCACGGUGAUAAUUACGAGUGGCCUGAGAAUCUUAAGAAUGACCUUCGACAACUCCUUAUUUGCAUGACCGAUACAGGACGUCGACCCUGCGAUAUUUCAUUUUCUCUAGACGUGCCUUGCUGGCAAGUCUUUCGUGAGAUCCAGUUAUAUGAAAAGAGGCCUCAGCGUAGAGCCUCCGAGCAGCCUAUAUAUGACCGGGCGAAGCGUCCAGAGUGGUACGAUAACAGACGAAAAGCCCUGAAAGGGGACUGGUCAGGUGUGACAGAGGCACAUCUGCUACAUACAAGGGGCCAAGCAAAUCCAUGUGCACAUCCUGGCCCAUGCACGUCCAAAUGCCCAUGUGUAGUCGCAGAUAUCCUCUGUGAGAGCAUGUGUAGCUGUCCUGACGACUGCCCACGCCGGUUUACAGGGUGCUCCUGUGCAUCUUCCUCGGGAAAGUCUUGCAUCUCCGAUACCUGUAUAUGCAUACAGAUGAAUCGCGAGUGUGGUCCAGAGUGCUCCACCUGUGGAGCGGUUCCUCGGCUCGACCCCAUAGUUAGGUACGACGAUGAUCUGUUUGCUACUGGCUGCCAAAAUGUGGCUAUUCAACGGGGCGUGGGGAAGAGACUUGUCAUGGGCGAAAGUCAAUUAGAAGGCACCGGGUAUGGCUUAUACACCGCUGAGGCUGUUCAGAAGGGCUGCUUCCUUAGCGAGUAUACAGGCGAGGUUAUUUCACGUGGCGAAGGCGACCGUCGGGGAGUUAUCUAUGACCAGAAAUUACUCUCUUUCCUCUUUGAUCUGAAUAGCGAAAAGACGAUCGAUGGAGCACGGUUGGGAAAUAAAGCCCGCUUUAUGAACCACGCAGAUAAGGAAAAGGACGGUCUUAACUGUGCUGCGAACAUCUGCCUUGUCAAUGGCGAGCACCGCAUUAAGUUCAUCGCCCUCCGAGACAUCGACGCAGGUGAAGAGCUUCUUUUUGAUUACGGCCAAGCGUUUGCCAAAAAGCAUGGCCUGACCAAGAAGCUGCCCAAGAUAAGGGAGGGCGCGAAGAAAGGUGUGGUCGUCGGUGCUGAGGCCUUGGACGCCCUGGACGGAAUUGACUCCAGUCAGCGGGUGGCGAGAGGCAAGAUGACAGCUAUUCGAGGUGGUCAUGGUAGUUCCAGUAGAGGGAAGAAGGACAAGGCGAGGAAGAGCGCCCCUACUAAAGGAAAGGAGACUGAAAUGGACGCGGAGCCCCCUAUGGACGGGGUGCCCUUAGAGGAAGAUGACGAAGAGGAUGAUUAUGAAGAGGCCGAGGAUGAAGACGAGAGUGAGGAGGACGACUCAGAGGAUGAAGUGAGGAGCCGGAGACCGAAAAGAAUGCGAAUGAGACCGCUGAGGUACACGAGAUAA